CAAACAGCGUCAUUUUCCGGGGACGAAAUUGUUUUGGGCGACAUGACUUAUUGACCGGUGUUAGGUUAUUUAAACGUCUCAAAAGUGACACUCCUUUGUCCACAAUGUUGGCCUGCACUCGUCUUUGCAGCAGUACUAUAUUCAGCGCUUUUCGCACGACUCCGACAGCUGCUGUCGGUCGGCUGCAGAGAGGUUUGUCCUCGCAGACAGAUGGAGAGGAGCGCAUCGCGAGCAUACUGAAGGACAAGUUUCCUCUGGCCUCCAAGCUCAAAGUGACGGAUAUAUCAGGUGGCUGUGGGGCCAUGUAUGAGAUCCAUAUAGAAUCCAGUGAGUUCAAAGGAAAAAGAACUGUUCAACAGCACCAGCUGGUCAAUCAAGCCUUGAAGGAGGAGAUCCAAGGCAUGCAUGGCCUGCGAAUCUUCACUAAUAUCCCAAAGUAGUAAAAAGAUAGAACAAUUCUCUUCUGAACCAUGACCCUUUUUGCUUUUUCACCUAAUAAGAAUGUGCAGACUCAUCAAAUAUGGUAUAAUGUUUAGCAAAUGCAUUUCAACCAAAAAAAAAAAAACUGCAAAAAAAAAAAACAGUUAAGGCGUCAGCAUCAGAGAUGUAGUUACAACAUUUUCACAGUGAAAAUGUGAAAUACAUGUACAGUAAGGUAAGACUAAGGUUUUUGUUUUUGUUUGUGAAGAAUGAAAUCUUCCAUGUGAGAUUUAAAACCAGUAACAGCUGUGAUGCGCACAACAUGACCAAAUGUUUGGUCAUGAUCAAGUCUCUAUUCUUCCCUGUUAGGGGGUUCUCUCAGGGCUGUUUGUGAAGCUAGUGUUAGUCCUCAUGAAUACCUGAAAUCAGCUACACAUCCUGUCUUUGAACUACCUUUUCAGCAUUGUGACCACAAUGUAUGUACAGUUUAAUUAAAGUUGAUCUACUUUAAAAUAUUGUGUAUCAGUGGGUUGUCCACAAAUCUUGCUCUUAUGUUUUAAAUGCGGGUUGUAAUAAAAAGCUUUACAUGA